CUAGAGCGACAACGGCUGUGGAUGCUGUCCCAUCAUCAGUUCACACCCAACGGCGCCGCAGCGCACCGCUAUCCGGACUUGACCACCAUGAUACCCCGGUUCAAAACCUUAAACUGAGUCGCAUUGAGGACGACCAUCUCGGAGGACAGCGAGGAAAGAACGUGGAUACACACUUUCGGAAACGCCGACAGAGCAAACUCCACUGCGCAGCAAAUUUACGGUUUUGCGGUUCUCUCUUCAGAAGCGUGUCCAACUUGAACAAGAAAUAUUUCCCCUUUAGCGAAUCAUUUCACGCCUAAACAUGUCAUCGUCGGGUAAAGAAGCCAAUAGCGGACAUUGCGCCAACUAUGUGGGACCCUACCGCUUGGAGAAGACGUUGGGAAAAGGACAAACAGGUCUUGUCAAGCUUGGGGUUCAUUGUGUCACGUGCCAGAAGGUUGCUAUAAAAAUCGUCAACAGAGAGAAGCUCAGCGAGUCUGUUCUUAUGAAGGUUGAACGGGAGAUAGCCAUUCUGAAACUUAUAGAACAUCCUCAUGUAUUAAAACUGCAUGACGUCUACGAAAACAAGAAAUAUCUGUACCUGGUGCUAGAGCAUGUGUCCGGCGGAGAGCUUUUCGACUACCUAGUGAAGAAGGGCCGGUUAACACCGAAAGAAGCACGAAAAUUCUUCCGACAGAUCAUAUCAGCCUUGGACUUUUGCCACAGCCACUCCAUAUGCCACCGAGACUUGAAGCCAGAAAAUCUAUUAUUAGAUGAAAAGAACAACAUCAGGAUAGCAGACUUUGGCAUGGCAUCUCUGCAGGUCGGGGAGAGUCUACUAGAAACCAGCUGUGGAUCGCCGCACUACGCCUGCCCAGAGGUUAUCAGGGGGGAGAAGUAUGAUGGCCGGAAAGCAGAUGCAUGGAGCUGCGGAGUCAUCCUUUUUGCACUUUUAGUGGGCGCUCUGCCUUUUGAUGAUGACAACUUGAGAAAUCUUUUAGAGAAGGUGAAACUUGGAGUUUUCCACAUGCCUCACUUCAUCCCUCCAGAAUGUCAGAACCUCCUUCAGGGCAUGAUUGAAGUGGACGCUUCCAAGAGAUUGACGUUAGAGCAGAUCCAGAAGCAUACAUGGUACCUAGCUGGAAAAAAUGAGCCUGAGCCUGAACAGCCCCUCCCCAGAAAGGUUGCCAUCAGGUUGCUGGCUACAGCAGACGAGAUCGACCCAGAUGUCCUGGAGAGUAUGCACUCUCUGGGCUGCUUUAGGGAUAAAGACAAGUUGACCAAAGACCUACUGUCCGAUGAUGACAAUCAAGAAAAGAUGAUCUACUUCCUUCUCCUUGACCGCAAGGAACGAUAUCCCAGCCAAGAGGACCAGAACCUUCCUCCACGCAAUGAGAUUGACCCUCCCAGGAAGCGUGUGGACUCACCCAUGCUAAGUCGUCAUGGGAAGCGGAGACCAGAAAGGAAGUCAAUGGAGGUUCUUAGUGUCACAGAGGGAGGAUCACCUGUCCCAGUGCGACGAGCCAUCGACAUGGCAAGUCAUGGACAGAGGUCACGGUCAAUCAGUGGAGCAUCCUCGGGUCUGUCCAUCAGUCCGCUCAGCAGUCCGAGGCCCAAUCGACGUUUUUUCAUCCCACCCCAGUCCCCAGACCUUUGUCAGUCCCCAAAUUGCAGCCCCACCCGCUCCCUUGAGGCCCGCCUUAACGGGGUGGGACCCCGAACACCCCACUUCUUCCAGCCCAAAAUGGGGUCUCCCCUCAUGCACCCUCGAACCCAGACCCUUCCUGCCAAGCCCAAAGUCUCUGCGAAACCUCUGCUGACUACCAGGUCCAACCCACUUCCCAAUACAGCUGAGACCGCCCCCAACCCCAAGUCUGAACCCUCCACACCCAGCCAGCCUUUAGCACCCUGCAGUCCCAAUAGCCCCCGUGUGAGGCGGCACCCUCCCUUAAAUGUCCCCGCAAAGCUUUCCAUCCCUCUGUCUCCAGUGCCUCCUAUGUCACCCCUGCGCCGCCACCACCUGCACCCUGACCACAAUGGCAAAUCUUUCCAUAACUCGCAGGUCACCCCCCAUCCUUCCCCCAGAGGAAGCCCUCUCCCCACUCCUAAAGGCACACCGGUGCACACGCCAAAGGACAGCCCGACUGGCACGCCCAGCCCAACACCUCCACCCAGCCCCUCGAUCGGGGGCAUGCCCUGGCGGACUCGCCUUAACUCCAUCAAGAACAGCUUCCUUGGUUCACCUCGUUUCCAUCGCAGGAAAAUGCAAGUUCCCACGCAGGAGGACAUGUCCAGUCUCACCCCAGAUUCUUCUCCAGAACUUGCAAAGAAGUCGUGGUUUGGUAACUUCAUCAACCUGGAGAAGGAGGAGCAGAUUUUCAUCGUCAUCAAAGACAAACCUCUAAGCUCCAUAAAGGCCGACAUUGUCCACGCUUUCCUUUCUAUACCCAGUUUGAGCCACAGUGUCAUAUCCCAGACCAGUUUUCGAGCUGAAUACAAGUCCACGACAGGUCCGACAGUUUUCCAGAAGCCUGUGAAGUUCCAGGUGGACAUUACCUACUCGGAGAGUACUAGUGCUACCAAGGAGAAUGGCAUAUACUCUGUCACCUUCACACUGCUCUCAGGUCCCAGCCGACGUUUCAAGCGUGUGGUGGAGAUUAUUCAGGCCCAAUUGCUCGGCUCCAAUGACCAGCCCAGCAUCCAACCUCAGCUCUCUGGCAGCCCGUUGAGUAACUUCUUUGACGUAAUUAAACAGCUUUUUUCAGACGACAAGAACACCCAAGCGUCCCACUCCCCCGCUGCUCCCGUCGAGCCUAGCUCCCCUGCCAAGCAUGCUCCCGGCAGCAGGCCACACCAGCCCCCGUCCAAUGACUCUAAAUGCCCCGCUGGCAAAGACAAAACAAAGGUGGCCACCAGCAACAGGACACAGGAACAACCUUAAGAAGCAGUAACCUUGCAUGUCUAAAUAGAAAAAGGUGGUUAUCAGGCCGUAAAACAGGACGGAGGCCUGCUUAAGUUGCCCGUUAGCUGGGACACACAACUCAACUACUUCAUCUUUGCCUAUGGAUUUUAUACAACGUAAUGGGAAUGGCUAUUUUAAUGAAUUCGUAGCACAUUAACUGUAGCUUUGCUGGCUCCGCCUUCUGUCACAAUCUCUGGGUGUCCACUGGGUUUUGUCCUCCCUCCCAUAUUUGAUAGCAUGACUUGUCUGUGCCACCAGGGAUCAUCCACAAUAACUAUUAACCUCGGCGGCGCCUGCUUGCGGCCCUCCGUCACCACGAGCAUCCGCAGAAUAGACUGAGCACCUUCCUUCACGUCACAUCAAGUCCAUUUCGUCCCGCCAGAGCAAAGUGUUCCUGAAGAAAGCUAAAAAAAUAAAUAAAAGCCUUAAGACAGUGAUGUUUGUCAAUUCGCACACAUCUUCUACCUUAUUUCUUUUUUGCUUCAAUUCCGACCACGUGUACAUAAAAUGCAUAAUGUACUUAAAUCAAAUAUGCGGGAUGUAAUGACUUGCACACAAUGAUUGAUGGGAAGGAAGUAGAGACAAAUGGAGGGGUGAACAACUACACAGGCAGUGAUUCUUCAUUUCUUUCUUUGAGAAUGAAGUUUUUUUUAAAGAUUUGUUUAAAAUGCUGCCCAAUACAUGUAUGAGAAAAUGAAUGAUCUUCUGUUGUAUAGACUAAAUGUUAUUUUGUAGGUUGAAAAAAAUGAUUGUGACAUUUAGUUUUUUUAUUUCAGGACAUGAUCCCUGUAAGCCCUGGUCACAUUAGAAAAAUACACAGAGAAAAACAAUAAAAUACCUUCUAUCUAUUGUUAAAGAUAUUCGUUUGAGGAUAAAAAUGGCUUCAUUUUAGUUUUUUAAUGUUUUAUUUGAACCGCACUGUACCUGAGCAGAUGAAAAAGUGGUUUAACAACAAUUGACCUUUCGCAAAAGCUCCGCCCCCCCUUAGUUACAGUUGCUAACUCGUCAAAGUUCGAGACUCCAGACCAGAGCCUUUUUGGCUGAGAGAGCCAUGAACACCACAUUUUUUUUUACAUGUAAUUCCGUGAGAGCCAUACGAUGUUUAAAACUAAAAAUACAAGUAGUGUGUGCAUUUUAUGUAAUUUCAACACUUUAAAAAUACAAUAAGGCUAGGUUCAUACUGCAGGUCUUAAUGCACGAAUCCGAUUUUUUCGUGUUUUUCCGACUCAAGUGAGGCAUUAACUUGACGGUCUGAGCGGGACAAGUCGCAUAGAAGUGGACCAUUUCAAAUCCGAUCUGGGUCACUUUUGUAUGUGGUUUAAAUCCAAUCUGGGCCACAUUUUUCCAGAACGUCUUAGCGGUUUGAACUGUCAAGUCUCCCAAAUCGGAAUUCAUACAGCAAUUACAUCAUCAAAGAGGGAGAGCGACGGCAUGCUACGGUAGCGUGCAGCUGUGUGUUAGUGCCUAGCUUGCCUUGAACACAGCUGUUGGGGAAGGGUCCGAUUACACUUGGGUGACCACAUUUUGAUUUCCAAAAAGAGGACACUCGGCUCGGCCUCGAGAUACUUGAAUUUUACUCAAAGUUCACUCAAAGAUGCCUAUAUCACUUUAAUGCAAUAAAAGUGUGCCUCCUCCGUCUGGAUAGAAAAAUUCAGUUUUAUUAAAAAAAAAAAAGAAAAACAUAGGCCUAUUGCCUUAUAGUAUAUACUAUAUGGAAAUAUUUUUUUUACUCAACAGGCAUUAUUCUUCCUAAAAAAAAUAAUCAAACAAUUUUUUUUCUUUUUUUAAAAACGAAUAAUGAUAAAAGAAAUAUAUAUAUAAUGCAGACCCAUGGAAAUGUCGUCCAUUACACACACAGUAGGCUAUGUACCAACUCAACAUUUUUAUACAUUACUAUCACGACAAUUGUUGUUGACAAAUUGUUAUUCCCACUCAAUUUUUAUUCUCAUUCAAUGUUCUAGAUUGUACGCAAACAAUAACCGAAAUAAACUGACAAGCUAUUUAACCAGCAUGUUGCCAAACGCAGCAUUUCAAAGCUACAUUGCCCAUAAUGCCUAGUGCGGCUGAUCUCACUGAUUGCUACCCUAUUAGGGCGUACCUUGAGCCGAGGCGAAAUCAAACUUAGCUAUAAAAGUUUACAAUCAUCGGAAGCGCAACGAUGCGGCACCAAACGGGAUUUCACAGAUGACGCCAGUACAAAUCUCCGACAGAAGUCAACAGUUGCCAUCAUAUACGUAUUUAUCGUAAUAAAAAAAAAAAAAACUCAUAAGAAACACAGCGACUUAGAAUAUAAUACUAACAUUAAACCAAAUAAACGAACGCAGAACAAUUACAAGACUUAUACAAUAUACUGUGUGGACAUAUAACCCUAUAUACAACAGAAGACAGGUGAUCGACAUGAACAGGAGAUAAACUUAUAGAAAGGUGUAUGGAGCCACGUCUUAAAACUCCUUGUUGAAUUCCUAACUGUAGCUGAUCUCUUGCCAAACCGUCAGUAGAUGGUGGUAAUUCCCCAUGACACAAAGGGUAAACUGCCUACAAAAAAGAAGAAGAUCUACUCCUUCUCCCGCCCCUACUAGUAGGAGCCAUGUCAACGCGGGCAGGCGCUGCUCCCUAGCGGCCGGAGGGAUCCUCUUAAAAUUGGUCUUAAAAAUCAUAAAAACCGGACAUUUUCAUGAAUUUAUGAAACCCGGCCGGACGCUCCAGAGAACAUGUAAUAAGAGCUAAUACCCUACCUUACACGGCUGAGAGUCGGGGAAAAAGCCCGUAUGUGUGUGACAAGCACGGACAGUGCGUGCAUGCUAUCGAUCUAUAUAAACUUUGAAUAUAAGCCUAAAAGGGGAUUCUUUAUGUCUCUUAUUUGUGUCUUUUUGGAAAUCAAAAUAUGAUCGCCCUGGAAUGACGGAUGACAGCCAGCAUGUAUAGUCAUUUGUUUUGAUGCUUGUGCGCACGCGGGUCUUCUUGCUCAGCGCGUGUCGGACUGCGAAUUAGUGCGCAUGCAUAAUACUUGAACGGUCUCAAUGGACAAAGGCAGUCUCAAUGGGCCCGGCAAAAAAACAGAUAUGACAAAGAAUCGGAUUUGUGCAUUAAGACCUGUAUUAUUAACCUAGCCUAAGUCCAUGAAUUUUUUUAAUAACAUUGUUAUGCUGUUGCUAACAAUGAAGAGUAUUUCUAACUAUUAAUGCGACUUCUUGUGCUGCAUGGUUUUGCUGAUGGUUUUGUAGUCUGGUUGAUACUUGGUGAGGUUAAGCUUCAUGCAGGCGUUGAGAAACGUAUGCACAGAGCAGCAUCAGUGCACACAAAAACAAGUUUAUCCAUCAGUAGAUUUUUUUCUUUAGAGAACUCGGUGAAGGAAUUGAAUAAAUCCUCCCCUCUUGUUCUCCCUUGCAUAGUCAAACUGCAAGACUUUCCUCAUGUAGUGUGUCACCGACAGCAUACCUUGCAAUCACGCUGAACUGGGAUCAAUGGCUUACGUCUGUUGACACAUCCAAAGUGAGACAAAAAAGCGGAACCACAUUUAAGUGUUUUACUUGAGUUUUCUCAGUUUAAUUUGACAUCAUGAUGGUAUGAUCAUGAACAGUUCUUGCCAACAGAGGCAUGUCUUUUAUCCGUUUAAUUAUCUUGUCUUUAUCUGAAAAGUCGUCAAAAAGUUCAUUGGCAACAUCAAGCAUGAAUGCUUUGGCAUACUCGACAUCUUUGCGUUUCUCACAAUUGCUAAAGCGCCAGCAAAGCAAUUCCAGUCACCUUGUUGGGUCCAAACACGGAGUUGCUGCUGACGAGCUUGCACUCCUCAUAGUAGCCAUUGACAUGCUUUCCUCAUGUUGUACCCGCAGGAUGUUUUGAUGCAAAUGUAGUUUGGCGGUUGUCGAAAUGCCGCUUUAUAUUUGACCUUUUCAUAGAUGCAAUUUUAUCAUUUCAUAUUAGACACAUCGCAGAACCUGCUCUUUCCACAAAGGCAAAUUCCUCUUUCCAUUCCUGCUGAAUAGUACAAUACUCCUCGUCUUUUUUUCUUUUGGUGCUAUACUAAUGCAGCAUCCUCCAGAUGGACGGAAAAGGGUUUACAAUAUGCACUGAAGGGUUAUUUUUAAAAUAUAAAAACUUGAACCAAGCUAGCAUGGUAAAAGCAUACAGUUUAAACAUUUACAGCAAAGCAAACGGUUGGAAUACUAAGGUGUCCGUUCACAAAAUGUUUAAGGGAAAUUUAAAAAGUAAUUUAAAACACCUUAAUAGGACCCUAUGUUUACUUCAGAAGACGAAGCACCGCUUCAAUGUUAGCGCACUCAGAACAGACUGCGAACAAAGAUAUGAAGUUAGCUAACUUUAGCUAAUGAAACAGCUAUAUUUACAGUGGUAUGAAAAAGUAUCUGAACCUUUUGGAAUUUCUCACAUUUCUGCAAAAAAUCUGUAUCAAAUGUGAUCUGAUCUUUGUCAAAAUCACCCAGAUGAAAAAACAGUGUCUGCUUUAACUAAAACCACCCAAACAUUUGUAGAUUUUCAUAUUUUGAUAAGGAUAGUAUGCAAACAAUGACAGAAGGGGGAAAAGUAAGUAAGUGAACCAUCACAUUUAAUAUUUUGUGGCCCCCCUUUUAGCAAUAACUUCAACCAGACGCUCCCUGUUCCUGAUUCAUGAUCGGGCUGGCACAUCGAUCAGGACUAAUCUUGGCCCAUUCUUCUUUACAAAACUGCUGUAGUUCAGUCAGAUUCCUGGGAUGUCUGGCAUAAAUUGCUGUCUUUAGGUCAUGCCACAGCAUCUCAAUGGGGUUCAAGUCUGGACUUUGACUUGGCGACUCCAGAACAUGUAUUUUGUUCUUCAGAAACCAUUCUGAAGUUGAAUUACUUCUGUGUUUUGGAUCAUUGUCUUGUUGCAGCAACCAUCCUCUUUUAAAGUGCAUGUGACACGAAAAAGCAUGUUUAUUUCAUAAUACACGUGGUAAUUUAUGCUCCCGAAUGAUAUUGAUCACUUGGAUGUGUGUGGAAGCGAUCGCUAUAUUUAUUUAGUUUUUUGAGUCCCACGCCAUGAAAAUGAGUGACUUCUGGCUUCGGUCUUGCAUUGAGGAGGGCGCUGUGACAUGUACGGAUGAAGGGGUCCUCUUCACUAUACAGCCGUACUGUUGUGUAUGAGGACUAAGGACCAUUGGAUUUACGAGGAAGUGAGUAAACAUCUUUUUUUGCAUUAUGUCAAAUAGGAAUACAGCAAUUACAAAGUAAACACUACAAACUUUUUUUACAUAAAGGACUACUUACGUUUGAUCAUUGAUAGGCAUGUAAAAAAACUCUCCUCAUGCACAUUAGCUGCACGUUAGCUGCACAACAACUGCAGCCGCCCUCCCCCUGGGGAACGAGCUGUAAAUUGCUCUCCGCCGGGCGGUCUGCCGAUCAGCGAAGCCAAUCGACAACCCAGUCAUCAUGUCAAAUAAUCCGGGCUAGUUAUGUGUGAUUUUCCGCUUCGAUGACUUUGAAACAUCACUCGGUUCGGGUUAACAUGUCGGCUAGCUGUGACGCCUCUUGGUUUGUUUACAUUCUCCGAAGCCGGGGAAGGGAAAUGACAUGUCCGAUUUAGGUGUCAUAAAAUAUCGUUCGGGAGGUGCGACAGUAAAGAUGAAGUCUACAGUUUUGACCAUUAUGGAGUAAUUUUGCCAUGUAUUUUUAAUAUUUCAUAUUCCAUUUAGCACAAGACUGUUAUUUGUCAUGACCAUGCCAUUUAUUUAGCAAUUGGGGAAAAUACUUGGAUAAAAAGAAUAUCCUGUAAAAAUAUUGAAGUAAAGAGACAGAAACAAUGACAUUUUGCAGCUCUCUUCGUUGCGUUUUCUUCGUUGUGAAUAGUUCGCCCUCGACGGGCUGACUGGUCCUUCUCAAGCCAUUUAUUUAGCUUUUGGGGAAAAAUACUUGGAUAAAAAGAAUAUCCUGUAAAAAUAUUGGAGUAGAGAGACUGAAACAAUGACAUUUUGCGGCUCUCUUCGUCGCAUUUUCCUCAUUCUGAAUAAUUCCCCCUCAAUGGGCUGAAUAGUAAAACCGAUGAGCCCAGUCUCCCGCUGACGUCAUCCAUCUGUUGGGGACGCUAGAGCCCUAUAAUGGUAGGCGCGGCAAACCGGCAGAUUAAAAGACUAAUUUCUCGUUAUCUGUGCUUUGCUAAAUUGUUGUAUAUAGUCGAAUCGUCUCAAAAUAUGAUUCUAAUUCACAUAAUAAUGCUAUUUAAGACUUUUUUUCUCCUGUUGUAUGCUCUUUAAGCUUCACCUGUCUGACAUACGGCCUCAGGUUUUCCUGAAAAACAUCCUGAUAAUCAUUAGAAUUCAUUCUUCCAUUAAUGAUUGCAAGUUGUCCAGGCCCUGAGGUAGCAAAACAUCCCCAAAUCAUGAUGCUCCCUCCACCAUGCUUCACGACGGGGAUGAGGUGUUGAUGUUGGUAAGCUAUUCCAUCAAUCAGGACUACUCUUGGCCCAGUCUUCUCUACAAAUUGCUGUAGUUCAGUCAGAUUCCUGGGAUGUCUGGCAUGAAUGAAUCACCGUCUUUAGGUCAUGCCACAGCAUCUCAAUGGGGUUUAAGUCUGGACUUUGACUUGGCCACUCGAGAACGUGUAUUUUGUUCUUCUGACAACAUUUUGAAGUUGAAUUACUAGCAGCAUCCAUCCUCUUUUUAUCUUCAACUCAACAGACAGCCUCGGUUUUCCUGUAAAACAUCCUGAUAAACUUUCGAAGUACUUCUCCAUUAAUGAUUGCAAGUUGUCCAGGCCCUGAGGAAGCAAAACAUCCCCAAAUCAUGAUGCUUACUCCACCAUGCUUCAAGGUGGGGAUGAGGGGUUGAUGUUGGUAAGCUGUUCCAUUUUUCCUCCACACAUGAUGUUGUGUGUUACUCCCAAACAAUUCAACUUUGAUUUCAUCAGUCCACAAAAUAUUUUGCAAAAACUUCUGUGAGGUGUCCAAGUGCCUUUUUGCGAACAUGAAACGACCAAAAAUGUUUUUUUUUUUUUUUUUUU